UUAAAAUAGCAAUAGAAUGUUUCAAGGAGAUCAAUAUUUUGAAUGUCAUUUGGUUGAGACUCAACUGAAUGAUCAGGGAUAUCAAAAUCUAGUUGACAAAGAGGAGACAUUUUAAUAAAUUGAGAAAUUAGAUAGUGGGUUUUGCAAUUAUCUAAAAAAUGAUAUUUUAAAUGAUAAAAAAUAAUUAUAGUAACUAUUAAUUAGAAUUAAUUAACAGUGGAAUAAGAAUUUAAUGGUAGAACUUAAAAGAGAAGAAAUCUUCACUUUGAUUAUAUUAAUGUUUCUUAAUUAAAUAAAUAGGAAACAAUAGUUUGGAGGAUUUUAUUUAAUAAAUAUGGAACAUUUUAAGAAAUCUUAAAUUAGACUUUGUACUCAAAAGAUGCGAUGCAUAGAGAAUUACUUACGUUUAUUUUAUAGGAAUAAAGACAAUCUUUUAGAGAGUUCAUUCGAUAACAAAGAAAAAGAGCAAUUUAAAAAUUAAAUUGUUAAAUUCAUAAAAAAUAUACAAAAAGUCGAAUUUUCAUUUAAUGAAGGUGACGAAAAAAGCAAAUUAAACAUAUCUAUUAAUGCAACCAAUCAUCGUAAUGAAGAUUAAAUGAAUUCAACUGUUGUUGACUUUGCAGAUCGGAAUAUUGGAGGGUUAACAUUAGAUAGUUAUAAUUGUGCCUAGGAGGAAGUAGACAAUUAUUGUUAUAUUUUAGAUUCUAAUGCUUAUUUUUCCAGAAGCUCUAGUAACUAUGAUAUUUAUUCCACCUAUGAAGGAUAAUGAAGCUGUUUUAAUAACUAAUAUAAAGAAGUUCUCUAAAUAUUCUGGAUACGAAUAAUCUUUCACCUGGAAAGAAUAAGAUGAUUUAGAUAAGAAUUUCUUUAAUAUGCUAGUAAUUAUUAUUAAUACUUAGGCCAUUGAUGCAAAGCCAUUUAGUGGAAGCACAAUAUAGUUUAAGAAACACAAUUUAGACAGAGAGAUGCUGAAAUGUUACUCAGGAUUCUCAUUAGCUUUAAAAUACUAGCCAAAUAAUGAUAUUUCAACUGGAAGAUGGGGAUGUGGUAUAUUUGGAGGAAAUCAGUAUCUGAAAACAAUGAUUCAGUUGAUUUGUUUUGCUUAAGCAAAAUAUGAAAAUGAAAAUAGUACAGCAAAAUUGAUAAUUAAUACUUUGAAUAAUCCGAACCUAAUAAAUUUUGUAAAUGACCUUAAGAAAUAUGAAUCAAUAUUAAAUUUACAGAACUUAAUAAAAUUGUUUUAAGAAUUAUCAUAACGUUUUUAAUAUUCCAAUGAUGAUUAAUUCUAGGAUAUGAUAAUCAAUUACUUUUAAAAAUAAAUACAAAAAGAAGAUUUAAAUUAUUCUGAAAAGUAAAAGGGUACAAAAUGA